AUGGCAAUUUUACGUGAGCCUUCCGAUAUGUCAAUUAUGUCAAUUGAUGAUCAUAAAGAAAUUUUAAGAAUUGAGCAUGAAAAACUUAACAUUCAAAGAGAUAAAAAUAAUGAAUUAGAGAGGGAA